UUGCAUCGUAACUUAUAAAAUAAUUGAUUAAUUAAGUAUGCAUGCAAUAAACAAUUGAUACUUGAUGUGAAUAAUAUAUCCAGUUGCACAGUUGAUGCACUUAUUGAUUAUACGUCACAAGUGAGUCAAAAACUCAGGACUCUGGACAAGUGAUAAGAUUUGGAUAUUAAUAAAAAUGUUUGUGGUUUUUUGGAAAUUCUUCGAAUUUUUGCAAUACGUAGUUGGAUCGCGAAAGGAAACAAAAGAGAAUAAUAAGAAGCCAACAGGAAACGGAUGUCAGUUUCAGCAAGGCGCCGGCAGGCCACAAUUAAAAUGCAGCCUCACGAAGAAUGACUGCGUGUGUCCCACUGAGGACUUUAGGACUCAACGCAGACCUUCAUACAGCAAUGACGAGGAUGCUCAUAUUAUGGUGGAGGAAUGGCGUCUGCAAAGUGUCCAGUCCCCAAUUGAAUUGAAACAUGAAGACAGCAAUGAGUACGACCACUUUGACCCACUCGAAUUCCACGGACACUGGGACGAUGAAGGCAAAGCAAAAAUCGACAACAACGGAUUUACAGCCACAUUGAGAUUCAUCGAUCGCAAAAUGCCGAUUUUGGUGGGCGGGCCAUUGCACGAAGAUCACUACGUGUUUGAGCAGCUGCAUUUCCACUGGAGCGAGGACGAUCACAGCGGAUGCGAGCACAUUUUCGAGGGCAAAGCAUAUUCUAUGGAAGCUCACGCCGUGCACUAUAAUCAAAAAUAUGGAUCUUUUAAGGAAGCUGUUAACAAACAUGAUGGUCUUGCUGUUGUUGCCUUCUUUUUGCAAGCUACUGACGAAUACGAGAAUCCUUGCUUUAAUAAACUCUGCGAAGCGGUUAAAGAUAUACAGAAAAUUGAUUCAGACACAAAUGUACCAGCAGAUUGCCUCACCUGGAUUGAGAAAACAGCACAAUGCAAAGGAUAUUACACAUAUCAGGGCUCUUUGACAACCGAACCUUAUUUUGAAAGCGUUACUUGGAUUAUUUAUCCGAGACCUAUUCACAUCUCACGGAAACAAGUCGACGCUUUCAGACGUAUGAAAUCUACAUCAUGCGAAAAGCAUCACAUUGAGAACAAUGUCAGACCUUUGCAGACUCCAAUCAAGAAACUCGAUCUGAUCUAUGUCCGUACACAUAGAAAAUCUGAGUAAAGUGCCUCAAAGUUAGUAAUCUGAAGUGGAUUAUGUUUUAAUAAUCCGUAGUGGUAGUAUUGUUUGUAAUUUAUAUAUAGAUUUUAUGACAACGACGUGAAAAUUUUAGAAUUAUAUUUAUAUAAAGUGAGAAGAAAGUAAAGAUUAUUAGAUGAGAAGAAA